AUGGCGGAAAGAAGGGAUGCUGUUCUUCGCGAGGCUUGUGACCAUUUAUCAAAUAAUUUGAAGUUUACGCUGCAAUUGAAGCCCGAACAGCGUAAUGCUGUGGACUAUUUACUUAAGAAAGAUGAUGUGCUCGCGGUUCUUCCGACAGGAUACGGCAAAAGUCUUAUUUUCCAACUCUUUACUGUUGCUGUGUCGAUUGAAGGGGAAGAGCGGCAAACUGUGUUGGUUAUUUGUCCUUUGAAAAUCAUCAUAGAAGACCAAAUUGCUGAGGCCGGAAGUCUGGGUAUCCCGGCGGCUUCCACAGAGGAUAUCUCGGAAGACGAGUUGCGUGCCGCAAAAUUUCGGCUGAGGGCCGCAAAAUUUCGGUCUGAGGCAAAACUCGGUGCAAAUGUUGCUUUCCGUGACGCGUUUGGGAAAUUGUCGCAGAUCAGAUCCUUUUGGACGCCAAUACUUGCAAUCACCGGGACUGCAGAUGGAAACACUCAAAGUGUCAUUAUUAAACAGUUGCUGUUAAAAAAGCCACCGUGA